AAAAAAUCCCCAAUCCAACACCAGCGGAACUGCCUGCUGAAAUGCCUCCGACGGCAGGUGAAACACAAGGGGAAGAUGGCGGGUCUGCUUCUGUAUCGCAGCGCAUCAUCAAAAUUGGCAAAAUUCCCGACUAUGGUGACAAAAAGGCACUCUUAAGCAGAAAACGAAUAACAUCCGAGCUCAACCUCCUCUACUCCGCUGCCAAAGUUUACUUACCCAUCAAGAUCUCUCCUGCAAGCUUAGCUCGAGUCAACAUGAGGAAAAUACGCUCCCAGAAGAACAUCACCGUCGCCUUACCCGUAGAAGAAGAGAUCGUGGACACCUUCAACAAUGUCAAGGUUACUUGGCGUUAUGUUUGUACUCAGCAAACUGAACAAAACAGAACUUAUAAUGGUGACAAUGGCUUCUUUUCUUAUUCUUCAGAGAAGAGGUAUCUUGAGUUAUAUUUAUAUUCCGAACACACAGAAGAAGUCGCCUCUGCUUACUUACAGCAUGUCAUGAGCACAGCUGCGUAUUGGAGCAAGAAGAAAAGUGGCUUUGUAGGUUCAUCCGAAGUGAAAACGCAGACUGAAGAAGGACCUCUGGUUUGGUGCAAUUACAUUUGGCGCCGUCUGUGGGAACUCGAAUAAAAAGCUUUAUUUGUAUGUUGAUCCGGUUGAUCGGAGGGAAGAGAAGAUGAGUGAAAGGCUCAUGGCUGAUUCUUUUGAGUCGCAAAAGUAGAUCUGGUGAAUUUACAAAAUGGGUUUAUUCACUUGUAAAGAAGAGAAGCUUUCACAAGAAGAUAAACAGAGGAGUAGAUUUGCACAAUUAUUGAAAUUCAGCCUUGCACAAUUAUCGAGAGCCUAUUUAAUAAAAUAAAAGGUACAUA